CAUUCACUCCUGCUUAUGUGUGUCUCUAUAGGAGAUUACUGCAAGGUGAACCUGUGUCAUAAUGGAGGGACGUGUGUGACUGGCAUUGGAGAAGAUCCCUUCAUCUGCAUCUGUGCCGAAGGAUUUGCUGGAGAUACAUGCAAUGCCACUGAGAAUGGUCCUUGUAAUCCAAAUCCAUGUAAAAAUGAUGGCACAUGUGAGGUGAUCUCUAACUCCAGAAGAGGAGACGUUUUUAACGAGUAUGUGUGCAAAUGCCAACCUGGGUUUGAAGGUGCACACUGCCAUAUCAAUGUGAAUGAUUGUGCAAACCAGCCUUGUAAGAAUGGAGGCCUGUGUCGUGAUCUGGAUGGGGACUACACCUGCCACUGCCCUUCUCCAUACGUUGGGAAGCAGUGCCAACUACGUUGUACAUCUCUGUUGGGGAUGGAGAAAGGUGGAAUCAUAGAGUCCCAGAUCUCGGCUUCCUCUGUACACUCUGGAAUUCUAGGGCUGCAGCACUGGGGACCGGAGCUCGCACGCCUCAACAAUCAGGGCCUUGUCAAUGCCUGGAGCUCUGCACCCCAAGACAAGAACCCCUGGAUUGAGGUUAACAUGCAGAAGAAGAUGCGCCUCACUGGAAUCAUAACACAAGGAGCCAGUCGCAUGGGGACAGCUGAGUUUGUUAAGGCUUUCAAGGUUGCAUCCAGCUUUGAUGGCAAAUCAUACACAGUGUACAGAGCAGAUGGCCAGAGAAGAGACAAAGUGUUUAUGGGAAAUACAGAUAAUGAUGGAACUAAGGCAAACAUGUUUGACCCUCCCAUUGUGGCCCAGUAUAUUCGCAUUAUCCCUGUGGUGUGCCGUAAAGCGUGUACUCUCCGGAUGGAACUUGUUGGCUGUGAACCUAACAUGCACUCCAGCACAAUUGGUUGCACCGAUCCGCUGGGCAUGAAGUCCCGUCUCAUCUCUGAUGUGCAGCUUACAGCUUCUAGCAGCUUCCGCACCUGGGGUAUAGAUGCCUUUACCUGGUAUCCCUUCUAUGCUCGCCUGGACAAACAAGGCAAGACUAAUGCUUGGGCGGCAGCGAACAACAACCGCUCAGAGUGGCUCCAGCUGGAUUUGGAGAAACCUAAAAGAAUCACAGGCAUCAUCACUCAGGGAGCAAAAGACUUUGGAGUUGUGCAGUUUGUUUCAGCAUUUAAGAUUGCAUAUAGUGAUGACGGACAAUCUUGGAGCAUUGUAAAGGAUCAGAUAACGAGAACAGAUAAGAUUUUCCAAGGCAACAUAGACAACAACACACACAAAACGAAUUUGUUUGAGCCUCCGUUCUUUGCUCGAUUUGUGCGGUUUCUGCCCUGGGAGUGGCAUGAGCGGAUAACUGUACGCAUGGAGCUGCUGGGCUGUGAUGAUUAGCAGACUCUGCCUCUCUCUGUACUGCUUUCACCUGAAGUGUUUCUGCUGGUUGUAGUUGAUGUUUCAUUUCAGUAUACAUUAGCGACAUCUGUAAUGCUUUGUAUUUUAUUGUAUCAGUGUCACUAUUUUGAAAAAGCUCAGUUGAUCUAGUUGAUCUCACCCAAAACGAUACUUUGAAUAAUGUUUGUAACCAAACAGUUGAGAGUAGCCACUGACUUUCAUAGUAUUUGUUUCCAUACUAUGGAAGUCAAUGGCUACCAUCAACAGUUGGGUUACCAACAUUCUUCUAAAUAUCUUCUUUUGUGUUCAACAGCUGAAAGACACUAAUACAGAUUUGGAACAAUUUGAGAAAUUUCAUUUCUGGGUGUCAGAGUGUCAGAGAAUAUUACAAAAUCUGAAGAACCAUUAACCUGUAAGGAAAAAUUAGACUGAUUCUAGUUUUUUACUAAAAAUGUAAGUCUCAUAAUCACUGACCGGAUAAUGCAUGUCCUAACUGACAAUGAAAUAUACAAAGUAUUUUACUGAUAUUCCUUGAUUCAACCUGUCUGCCUUCUAGCACAUGUACAGCACUGAUCGGUAAUGGAAAAAGUUCAACUUUUUUGGGGGGUAAGCACACAAAAGCUGGCUACAGUAUUUUUUUUUUUUUUUUUAGAAAUAAUCUUGAUAUAUGGGUCUGUCAGAAACUGUGCUGUAAAUUAGAAAUGAAUUGAAAACACUAUUAUCCUCCAAGGAAUUUCUUAGUUCUCGCUGUAAGGGUUUCAAAUAAGCACGGUAGAGCUGCUCAAAUCAAUUGACCUGUUUGCACUGCAGUUGCUCUACACUUUAUACUACAGUUUAUAUUUUAUAACUCAAUUUUAUUUGUGUCAACCAAAUUCGAAUAGAAUUGUACAAUUGUGCAAAUAUUGAGUAUUUUUAUCUUUUGUAAAACACAACAUCUUUAACAAUAUUAAUAAACAUGUUAAAUAUUUGUGCUUUUCCUUACAUGUGGCAUAAACCGAAGAAGAAAUUCAAUAUGUGCUCUGUCAGAAAUAAAAAUGUGCAUGAGACAAGGUGA